CAAAAAUGAACUUUCAAAUCAGCCUUUUCAUUCUGUUGUCAGUGGCCACUUUGGUUGGCGCGUUCCCUCGCAGCGCCUUUCACCGGGACUUCCACCGACACAUCGCGAAAGAUUUUGAAUCCUCCGGGAAUGGACCAGACGAACCUGUUCGGGGAUCUGUCAGAGUUGUCAAACUAAGCCCUCAUUUUCUGCGACGGGCCGCCGGUAGUCAUGUGCCGUCCAAAAACUCACCAAGUCGAGGUGCGUUUCCCGCUUUCUUGGCCCUCGGACGUCCUGGUCCGUCAGCUCUGGCCCAUAACAACCCCGCGGCCCUGCUCCCUCAGGUGAGCGCGAGCAGCAGCAGCGCGGACGCGAGGAGGAAACAGGGUCUCGAGAUGUGGCAGAAAGUGAUGCACAAGAGCGAGCGAAGCAAAGAGGCCGUGGCUCUACGCAUCAACCCAAAAGACAUGAGCAAACAGAGCUGUGCCGCGGUGCCCUUCACACAGCGCAUAACGGAGGACGGCUGUGAGACGGUGACCGUUCACAAUCAUCUCUGCUACGGUCAGUGCAGCUCCAUGUUCGUCCCCUCCAGUGGAGAGGCUCGCGCGCAAGGAGCGCACUGCACGCGCUGCGGACCCUCCAAAUCGCGCACUGUGCUCGUUCCGCUGCGCUGCGGGACAGAGGUGCGCGAGAGGCGCGUCAUGGUCGUUGAGGAGUGCAAAUGCGAAACUAGCAGUGAAGAGGUCAAAGUUCAGAAUACAGAAAGGGUUCAUUUAUAACUAACAAGUUUAUUUUAAAUAUAUAUUCUAAUAUUUAAAUUCACCAAUGUGUGUGUGUGUGUGUGUGUGUGUGUGUGUGUGUGUUUAUUAACGGCCACAUAGCCUAAAUGUGGAAGAUUUGUGUUGUGUGUCUGAUAAGUGUCCGAAAUACGAUUCGGGAUGUGUUAAACACGAGUCCCCUUGAAUACAGGGAAAACUUUUCUGUAAACCACCGUCUGAUAUUCAGCGGUAUCUCUAUGUUAACUGUAAUGACGAUGCUGAUCAUCAGUUUAAUUUUAUUCAAAGGAUACAUGAAUUGUUUGGUUUUGUGUCAUUUCAUAAUUUCACCAAUAAGUGUCGCUGUUGCAUGAAAAUAAUUUCAGCAAUGCAUUUUACUUUAGUUCACCCUAUACAUAAACAAUAGUGUGAAAUGGGGUAUAUUGGACCACUUAUGACAUUGAGAGGACUGUCAAAACUGGCACAGUUUACUUGACUUCUAUAGCAUGGUGGAUAGCCUACAUAUUUGUUGUAUUUUGUUGAGAUGCAUUUGACUCGCAAUAUCAGUUAUUUAGUUCAGAAAAUAUAAAGGAAAAAAAACUAUAUGUGAAAUCAAUAAAACAACUGAAAGGAAACCCUUAUCGGCCUGCAUGUCUUUUUUUCUUUAAAAUGUCUCCUAUGCUGCAGCAAAAACAUUCAACUAAUGUACAAAGAUUGUUCUCACAAAGACAAAUUUCUAAUAGAUUAAUAGCCUAAUAUCAUGUGACACUGAAGACUGCAUGGCUACUGAAAAUUCGGCAUAUA